GUCACCGUUAGCAAACAAGAGAUAUCACCCACCGCACCGACUCCACAUUCAGUAGACGAUCAAUAAAGGUGCUAUAUGCAUGUGUAUGGACGCACCUGAAGUUGCAGUCUAUAUAUCAUAGCUAUAUCAAUAUAGCACGGAUUGUUAAGUUUAUCUGCCUCUGAUAAGAGUUAACCGGUUCCAGGUGAGUGUUGUUUAAUCACGUUCCUGUUUUGAAUCAGUUUAAAACUAAAAACUCGGUAUUAUUGCGUCCGAAUCAUCUCUUCGGGCGAAUAUGGUCAAACAGAUUUGUUUCUGAUGUCGUGUUUAUUUAAUCGAGUAAAUAAACCGUGGCCUUGGGUUAGUUAUUACGCAAGUAACCGACGCUAUGCACUAACGAAGACCUGAAUCACUUAAAUUUUAGACCUAGUGAGUAGGGCAAAUAAGCCACCGUAAUAUGAUUCGCUUCAACCCCUGUUCAAAAAUCUUUAAGGAGAAAAAAGCUUACAUCGCACUUCGCACGUUUACUAUCAAAAGGAAGGCUGCGAUAACAUUCUUGGUGAUGUUUUCGUAGAUUACUUAUUUCUACCACUCAAGCUUAUUUACUAUGCAGAUUAUGAUGGCGUUAUCCUUGAAGUUUUUAUAAACAACGCAGUGUUUAUAAAGCAUUCCUGAUUUUAUACAUGACGUAAAUUCAGCGGAAAACGUUCGCUAUAUGCUUGUGUAAGCAUAAUCUUACACAAGAAGCAACUUUACUACAACAAUCUCCAACGUACACUACACUUAACAAUUAUUCUUUGAAAUCGAGGUGAAUAGUGGCAAAAUAUUUACCGAGCCGCGAAAGCGGCGAGGUAAAUAUUCCCAAAGCCACUAUUCACCGAGAUUGAGAAGAAUAAUUGUUUUAGUAUAUACACACGAAGUGAUCUCAACAAAAUCAGAAAGGAAACCAUUCAAAAGUAGGAUUUGAUUGACAGAUCAAAUCACGCGUAAGUUUAAAAAUAGAUCUUUGCAGAAUUUUCAAACAUGGCAAUUCACAAGUUUACUCAUUUCGCAAACAACAGCGUAAUGGCUUCAAUGGAAUCGCUAAAAGUUUGAACUGUUUCCUUACCUGAGAAAAAAAGUAGAGCUGUGUUGUUUUCUGUUGACUCGCCAAGUUUAUAGCCAAAAGGGCAUGUUGUGUCGUUCUUCGCAUGAAGUGCUGACAAAAAUGGCGGCUCGGUUGCUCGAGGUAAGAGGUCGUCUUCCUGUAUCAUUCUUUUUCCUGUUUACUUGAAAUGUAGAAUUUCUGCAAACAUUUCCUUUUAAAUUUGUUUGUCAUAAAUAAACUUCGAUUUUUGAGCCAAAAUUUUCUUCUUAGAAAACGCUGAGUUCACGAAACGGCUUCUUCUACGCGAAUACACGGGAGUUGUAAACAAUCCAUCGAGCACAAAACUCCUGCUACAGUAAAUUGAAAAACGCCGUAUUGAAUCCUUCCAAGUCUUUUCUUGCCUUAAAAAAAGUCAGCCCUAGGAUUUUGUCGACUUUUAAAAGAUCGUUCUCUAAAAAAAACGGGAAAAACACCGAGCUCACACAUUAUCCACUCGCUAGGAGGUGAAUAUUGUUGAAUAGUCCGAGAUAGCGAACCAAUCAGAUUGCUUAAAUCACCAAGAUCACUGAGUGUGUAUAUACUAAAGAUAAUUUGUCUUCAAUGUUGCCUCCGAUAUAUUGAGAUAUUUGUCGAAUUCAAAUCACUGAGACGGAACUGUGACCACAUUUCGUAUUAAUCAACAACGCUAUAGACCCACCUCCAUAUAAGCCUUGAGGGGGUAAGAAGGAGUGGAAGUUGGAAUCAACCUAUUUUUCCCGAGGAGGAGGAUACUUGGGUGAAUUUUUGCUGGGUAUCUGCCGCUGGGCUCCCAGAGCCCCUACCCUACUAUAGUCUAUGCUGUGGCCUGUUAUAGACCCCAUCUUAGUCACUUUUGGGCAAACAUGUAAUUUUUGUGAUCCCAACUUAGUCACUUUCUAUUUAUGUAUCUAUCUUUUCAAUCCUUUAAACAGGUCAUCCUAAAACUGGAAUUGACCCAUUUUUUAAAUAGAAUGAAGAACACUUGCCUCUUCCCCUACAGCACAAACAUUGUGGUACGUUUGUUGUUUAAAAAUAAAGAACUGUAUUACCCCAAAAAUCAGAAAAUGUGCGACCCCAUUCUAGUAACUCUAUUGAAAAUGAGACCCCAUUACAGUCAAUCCAGUCGUGAAAAUGCGACCCCAUCCAGCGGCACAUCCCCAUUAGGCUCUUAUAAGGAGGCACCCCAUACCCCCCCCCCACCCCCAUGAAUGUGGAAGUGAGAUUUGAAUGUUUGAGGCAAAAUUGAGGCAAGAAGACAAUGGGAUCUGAAAGGGAAAGAGAAAGGGAAAAGUAAGAUGUGUGCUACCCCCUCCCCGUUCUCAUGCUUGGGACCCUACAAUUAUUGAUUUUGUGGGUACAGCAAUAAAAAUGGAAUAAAUUUGUUUCUGUCUUUAUAUUCCAAAGGCAAACAACAGCCUAGUGCAGCGGAUGAAAGAUUAUGAAAAGGAGACGACUGUCUAGUGAUACGGGAAACUUUAACCCACCCGAGAUCGAUGCUACAAAGCUGCCUGCCGAGCGUCUGUUGAAAACAAGCGAUCUGCCAGGACCAAAAGACGCGAAGCUUUGGGAGGAAGUACUAAAAGAACUUCCAGUUGAUAUUUUGCUACUGACAGUGAAGGAUUGUGAAUUCUUAAGUUGCGUAUCUCAUCUAAAUAAGGGAUACAUUCGGAGUAGUCAUGACAACCUUGGACCUGUGUACUUCGGGCUAAUGGGUACGGGCCCAACUUUGAAAAUCGCUGUGAUGAAAUGUUAUCCAGGUCCUUUGGCUCCAGGAGGUCCCUUAACAACUGUGACAAAUGGUGUUGAAGUGUUAAGACCCAAAGCGGUAUUUUGUGUGGGAUUCUGCGGUGGCUUAGGCGAAAAAGUCCGUUUAGGAGAUGUGGCAAUUUUAGCGAAGCUAAGAACAUACUCUUCUGUGAAAGUAACGGACAGUGGAAUUCAAGAGCGUGGCCUUGCUGUUCCGUUGGAGAGGAAUCUUUUGAGCCUCAUUAAAAACGCUGAUGAUGGCUGGAAGGCGCCACUAAGAGAUUGCGGGGAGGUGAAAGUAUGGAAAGAUGGCGUGUAUUUGAGCGGUCCCGAGAAGGUGGAAAGUAAAGAAAGACGCGAGGAGCUCGUAAAACGAUUCCCGGAUGCAAUCGCUAUAGAAAUGGAAGGGCAAGGUGAGAAUGUGGCUUAAUCUCGUCUGUGGAAAAACCCUUCCAAGUAAUUGUUCCACAGGACUCUGCUAUGCUCCUAAUGAAAUUUUUUGGGUCGUCUUUGGGUUCAUCCCCUCAUCCUGCCACUGGAACGGGUCGCUAGUUUUAAUAUGACUUGAAAGGUCCAAACUCUUUACUCUUUUGACCUCCAUUGCAGUCUUAUUUACAAAGUCUUUUGCAGGUCUGUUCUCAGCCGCACACGACUUGAAGGUCGAAUGGAUUGUUAUCAAAGGUGUCGCUAACCUUGCUGAUGGCAGGGAACCUGAGUCUUGGAGACAAUUUGCGAGCGUAAUGGCAGCUUCAUUGACCGCACACAUUCUAAGUAAAUCAAUUGUUUUCAAAAACUGGCCUCAUUAUAAAAGGUGAGUAUGCAGUAGCCUAGUCCCCAGUCCAGUUCGCCCCAUCCGAGUGAGCGGAGAGGGCUUAGAACCAAAUUCUCCCGACAAUGACUGGAAACGAAGCUCAGUAUGCAGGUGUCACACUUCUGAAGGUUCGAUGGCCGUGAGCAAUAAAAGGGAGUUCCACAUUUUACUUAGGAUCUCACCAUUUUUCCACUGAAAAUUUUUAAAGCAGGAAUUGGGUAAACUUACUAGGAAUUCGUAUCUCGCAUCAACCAUCGCGAAACUCGUUUUCUUAGUAGCGCAACGUCGGGCGCGCAAAGAAUCUUUAUAGGUAAAAUAGCUUGUAAGCUACGUAGCGAUGGGGCCGAGUUAGUUUUCGUAAAGACUUCUGAGACUGUAACUAGGGACAAGAAAAAAAUGGCCAAUAGCGUCCCCAGUAACGAUUUCAGAAACAAUUGCGGGACACAUUUCGGCCCCAUUUCCCUUCCCGUUUCUAAAGUGGCGGUUAUAAUCAACUGUGGCUUUUUUUUUUGGCGGGGGGGGUGUAAAAAUAAAUCAAUAAACUGGCAAUGCUGCUCUAAACAAUUCUAAUGGAGUUUGUUUUUCGACAUACCUGCUAAAUGAAGGAUGGACUUUUUGCUUAAUGAAUCAGUAAAAGAUAAAAGGCAGGAAAAAAAACAGGCAAUUUUGGUUAAAGGGUUUGGCAAAACAAAGCCUUACUUGUGACAUAGGAAAUAAAGUGAGCGAGAAAAAGCUCGCAGAGUGGAGACACUGAUUACACUGUCAGUUUCAAUUCCACUAAUCUAACGAUGCAAAUUUUAAUUUCAGGUGAUUGAAGGCCUGCUUAUGGAGAUCAUGAAUAAAAAAAUGAGGUAAGACGAUUUUAUCGCAAUUCACUCAAUUCAAACAAAACGCAUUUUUUAAUUCAAAGUUAAAUAUGUUAGUGCAUCUGUAAUUAUUUACGUGGUUAGUAUAUUCAUGGGGCAAUUGGUUAACUCUAAAACGUUGCUAACUUCUGACAAUUUGUACAUCCUUACUUUUUUUUUUCAGGCACAGCUAGCCUAGCUGCGCAUGCGCCCGGCUAAAAGCAGGAGUAGUCAUCAUUCUGGGUUGAACUAAUGGUAACGUUGGCACGUAGAUUUGUCAACGGGCAGACAUUCCUUUUAUUAGCCAUGUUGUUUUUCAUUUAUCUACAGCAUGUAUCAGACCUUUUGGAAAAAGCCGGAGUUGGUGUACAAGCAGCUGUCAACAGAAACUGGU